CCACCGGCCCAUGGCCUCGCAGUCCCCUCCCCAUCGAAAUGAAAACCGCUGGGGUUCCCAGCCCGGGAGCUCGGUGAGGGGUGAGGCCGCGCUCGCAUGGAGCCGCCGAGGGAGGGCGGCAGCGAAAUGGCGGCGGCGUUGUGGGCCGCCAAGCGGGCGCUGCGAGCGGAGCUGCGGCACAGGCUGCGGGCAAUGGGAGCGGCGGAGAAACAGCGGCAAUCCCGGCUGCUGAGCCGCAAGGUGAUUGGGCAUUCCAAGUACCAAGAAUCCAAAAGAAUUGCGAUCUUUCUAAACAUGCCAGAUGAAAUCCAGACAGAAGAAAUCAUUAAGGACAUUUUUAAGCAAGGCAAAGAGUGUUUCAUCCCACGUUACAAACCUCACAGCAAUCACAUGGACAUGCUGAAGUUGUCAUCAGCUGAAGACAUUUCUUCACUUACUUUGACAUCCUGGAAUAUUCUUCAGCCUAGUGAUGAUGACAGCACAAGAGAGGAAGCUCUUGCUGGCGGGGGUCUUGACCUUAUCUUCAUGCCAGGCCUUGGGUUUGACAAAAAAGGCAACAGAUUGGGAAGAGGGAAAGGAUAUUACGAUACCUAUCUCGGAAGAUGUAUGAAACAUCCCAGUGGAAAGCCUUACACAAUUGCCUUGGCAUUUAGGGAACAGAUUUGUGAAUCCAUACCUGUGACAGAAGAUGAUGUCCAAGUAGAUGAAAUCCUUUAUGAAGACUGCUAGAAGUGCCUUGAUACCAUCCUGCCUUCAGAGCAACCAACCAAAGACUUCAUGUCCAUCUGAUGUAACUUUGUUCAUAGUCAUAUAUGCUGCUGGGAGAAGUAAAAUACAUGAUUUGUAUUUAAGCAGCAGCAACAACAACAACAACGCGUAACAGUGUAAGUGCGGUAAUAGUAAUGCAAAUUGCAUUGAUUUGUUUCUAAUUAACAACUAUAUGUAGUGAAUUCUUAUUCUAGAACCAGUAGAAAUAAGAGUAUGCGACUCUUUAUUAAGUAAGAAUCAUUUCUUCUCAUCAUACUUGUGGAACAAGCUACAUGAUACUGCACAGUUCUGUUAUUUCAGUUUCCAACUGAGAUGCCUAGUGCUAUGGAGAAGACCUACAGCAUGCUGGGCUGAAAAAGGUGAUUCCAAAAAAGCCUAAGCUGAUUUUAAAGUAUUCUGGUUGUUUGUUUGGCUCUUUGAAGUGGUCUCACAAUAAAAGCAAUAUCUGCUAAUAACUAAAAGUUAGGUGUAUAUGACUUCUGCAUAUAUUCGUUUCUUUUGUCUCCAUGUAAGAUUGUCCCAGCUGUGAUUAGUGCAUUCUCAGUUAUUUUGGUAAAAUAAUAUUCAACGUUACUCCAACCUAUGUAAUUUUGCACAAUCCAUUCAGGAUACCCCAGAGCAUCUUGCCUACUGCAACAGUAGUGUCAGUUUCAGUCCUGGCAAUGCUUUAAUCCCUUCUUCAUUUCUGAACUUCUCUUGGCAUAUGGAGAGCAACAGAGAGAAGAUGGGGCAGGCUUUGUGCAUAACUGGUCUGUCUGCAGGGUUCACUGAUCACAUUAGGAUGAGCCCUGUGCCAUAUGGCAGUUCCUGCCUUGGACAUCAACGAAGCUAUGCUGAUGCCAGCAUUUCUCACAGCAGAAACCUGGAUCCCAAUUCUGAUAAAUGUUUUAAAUACACAUAUUAAGUCCAGUCCUAUUCAAGUAACUACAUCCUUUUAGCCCACCAAAAUCAGUGUGCUUUUACUGUUAUCUUCCCUCAAGGUCUAACCCUGGAGGCUUAGCAGAGAUUUUGAUACAUGGUUCCAUGGUUUUGGUAGCAUGACUGCAUGAAUGCUACACCACUUCUGGCACAAAUCAGGAGACCAUGCCAGCAAAACAAAACAUAACCAGGUGCUAAUGACCUCUUGCUGUUACAUUCAAGCUGAGGAGAAGCUUGAAUCAAAGGGAAAAGGUUUCAGACUAAAAGGGGGGAGGUUUAGACUCAGUAUAAGAAAGAAGACUUUACAAUUGAGGUGGUGAGGCAGUGGCACAGGUUGCCCAGAGAGGUGGUGGGUGCCCCAUCCCUGCAGACACUGCAUGUCAGGGCUCAGAGCACCUGAUCAGCUGUAGGUGUCCCUGUUCAUUACAGGGCAGUUGGACCAGGUGGCCUUGAAGGGUCCCUUCCAACUCAAACAAUCCCAUGGUUUUGUGAUUCCAUAAGCUGCAAUGCUCGGUUCUGAAACUGAAUAUAUAUAUAACUGUGUUUUAUUAGAAUGCAAUGAGAAAUAAAUAGGGAGCUAUUUAAUAUACUGUGCCGUUGGGAGCAAGAGAUGCUGGCACGAUGUUUCUUUCCAGCCACUCCCAAAUCAGAAGGAGAUCAUCACAGCAUCAUUGGCCACAAGACCCUGGCUGAUGCAGAUAGCCCUUAACAUUUGGCUGGUGGGGACAGUAAAACAAUAUUUAUGUAUAUUGUCCUGAGAAUCAUAGAGCUAAAUAAAUGUGACAGCUUUCAUUUGGCACUCGAAGCUUGCUGCUGUCGCUCUGAGUUUUUCUUUUUGCCACAUAACAUGAAAUCACUGUCAGUUUGAUGGUAUAUAACAGCGUUUCUGAAGCACAAAGGUUAGGGGGUUGGUAGGUGCGUCAGAAUUAUUUACGUUUGCUCUGUAUAAAAUGGCACUCGGGGAGCAAGGCAAGCUGCCAAGAAGGAGAGGAGUCUGGGCUGCCCGGUUGCUCUCUUGUAUCAGGGCUGGAUUGGCAGGGUAGGAUUUAUCAAAAUUGCUUCCAAACAGUAUCAUCUGUCCCCGAAUGGACGUGCCCCUGUCUGCUGCAGCGAAUGUCAUUAUUGCUAUUCUCAUGACAAAGCGUCUAUCAAGCCCUGCUUUGUUUAUAAACAAAUCUGCCUGCCCUGCAUAAGAUAUGGAUGGUUUAAGGAAAAGUACCGUGAGCAAAGGAAGAAGUUAAUUAUAUUUCAGGUUCUCAGCAGGGAAUUCUAUCUCAGAGCAUUCAGUAAGAUCUGACCAGAGGAGUCACAAUUAAAGAACGUCCCCAGGGAGGAAGUUGUAAAUUAUUUACUGCAAGGGGCUUUUCCAGGUUCUUUUAGUUUAAUUACACACUCUGGAAGAGAAAGGCUUCAGAAACAAAUUAACCGAGCUGUUGAAAUGGAUUUGUUACAAUCGUGUUUGCAGCGAAGCAAGUGAAAGGCUGCGAGUAAAGUUCAAAUAUAGGGCAGAUCUUUGGAAGCUGGCAUUGUGUGUGGCUUAAAAGUCAUAUGGGAAAGCACCAAAAUGUCCACGCAUAGAAAUGCGGUCACUGGGAUUGUCCAGGAUUUCCACUGGCCUCAGAGGACUUUUGUGUACUCCACAGGCUCAGAUCUAAUAGUGCUUCACAUCCUCACAGCUAUCUGAGGAGCUGACAUUUGUGGGCUCCAAACAGCCCGGUUAACCCUUGGCAGAAGGUACCAUAGACACUUCUCUCAUUUUCAAAAGCCAGGGUGAAGCCUGACUUGCUUGCCCUCCCACGUCAAAUAUGCUUUAAGCAAUUGCUACUGAAGUUGGCCUCUGGAGCUGACCCUUGCUGGAAGGCAGCUGGAGCAAUCCCGCAUCAGAUGUGGAGAAGGGAAGUCAAGAGGCUGGAGCCCUCCUCUCAUUGCAACCACUGACUCACUGCUUGGCAGAGAAGGCCAUUAGAUAAUAUGUCUGCUAAGGAGUAAGGCAGCCAGUAAUACUCUAUCUGCCUGCCUGUUGAUGCCAAAUCUCUUGUAUGUAAUAGCCCUUCUGAACUGCUUUUGUCCUUGCAUUUACUUCCUUUUGAAAAUGAAAAAAGCCUCUGCUGUGACACCGUGAGCAGGCAGCCAACAGGCUGAGCAGAGCAGCAUCUCUGCUGCAUCAGUCCGUGCUCAAGCAUAUAGAACUUCUCUUUACCUUGUGCCUCCUGUUUCAAAUUUAAUGAGCUUCACACACCUGGCUUAGAUAGAAACUGCCCCACAAUUAGCAGCAUCUCUACCCCCUGCAUGCACACAGUCUUCAAUACAUGCCAUUUGAUUAUAGCCUCAAGGUACUGCUAUAAUGUCCUGAACAAUAAGUUCUCCACCUUCAGGCGAACCAGCUGAAAAUGUGUGGAUGAAAUCUGCUUUAGUCAUUCAUCAGACAGAUGAGAUCUCAGCUUUUAUUUUGUUAUAGUGUAAAUCUGCUGCUUAGUUUUCUAGUUUCCAUGAAAACUACUGAAUCAUAAAAACGCUUGUAGCAAAUGCCAUCUUUUCUGUCACCGGAAUAAUACAUUAAAUGGCUUAUCAACUCCAAGAGACGACUGCAAUACCUUGGAGAUGAUUUGGAUGUACAGUUAGGGAACAAAAUAUGUUGACAGCUUUAGAAUUGUCCCGAUCAGUCGAUUUUAGUUUGUAUUUUACUAUAUUGUCUCCAAGUACUACUGGGUAGGAAAAACCAGACAGCUACAUUUCUGCAAGUGUAAGGAAAACCACAGACGAAAAGUGGAAUGUAAACGUAAAAUGAAGGAUUAUUCUUGAAAGGGCAGAACUGUGAGGUCUGGCUAUUCACAGCAGAAGCAUUGCAAUUUAAUUAGUAGGAAUGGUGAGUCCACAUUAACCUUUAUGGAAGAGAACUAUGGACUACAAUAAAACAUAGUACUUUCCUGUAGCCUUUUGUUAUCACCUCGUCGGAUUUAAUAAAAACUGACUAAUAAAGAAAUUCCAUCAGAGUGGCUAAAAAGUAUAUACUGGAAAGGAUCACUUGCUAUUAAAUAGCGUAGAUUCAUGAAAUGAUUGUUAUCAGAUGAUAUUAAAAUAUGUAUGACUUUUUCAUUCUGGAUACAGCCGGAAUAAACUGAUUACAGAUAAA